GAGCUUCUAUCUGGGCUCGCCAACAUCUGUGCAAAAUACUUAUUUUGGAAAGGAAACCUUCUUGCAUGCCUGCUCUCCUUCUACCCAAAGAUAGCAUCAUCCUGCAUUUUCUACACUCCGAUCAAUCCUUCACUCACUCACUUCAUCGCUUGCCACUUCACAAGAAUUCUCAUUGUGGAAUCAGUUCAUUUAUUAUGCCAUGCCCACGAACAAUGAUCAUAGGGGAUCAAUGAAUCUGUCAUGCAAUGCCAACAACUGGUUAUAGUGGGAUCAAUGAAAUCUGUCAUGCUAGGUCUUCCGUUACUGAACUCGUGCUUUCUGAAUGGCGAAGCAUGCUUAGCAGUGACACUUCAGACCCGAAAUUUUGGAUUAAAACUUUUUACAUGCUACACUCAUUAGUUCAUCAUGCAACGCCUCUACGGCCUUAUGUGCAUCAGCUCCUCUCUUAUAUGCAGGUUUUGCUUUUGUUUAUUUUAUGGAUGAGCAUGAUGCUGAAGAUGCUAUUCGUGGCAUUGAUAAUAGGCCAUUUGGUAAUGACAGGCGUAGGCUCUCGGUGGAGUGGGCUAGGGGUGAACGAGGUCGGCCUAGCGAUGGAUCUAGGUCAGCGGCAAACCAGAGGCCUACUAAAACCUUGUUUGUAAUUAACUUUGAUCCGAAACGUACAACUGUUCGUGAUAUAGAAAGACACUUUGAAUCUUAUGGAAAGAUCCUUCAUGUUCGUAUUCGACGGAACUUUGCAUUCGUACAGUUUGAGACUCAAGAAGACGCUACCAAAGCCCUCGAUUGUACUCACAUGAGCAAGCUAUUAGACAGGGUAGUAUCCGUUGAAUAUGCUCUGAGGGAUGAUGAUGAGAAGGGAGACAGGUAUUAUGAUAGCCCUAGAAGAGGAGGGUAUGGUGGGCGUGGGGUUAGUCCCUACAGAAGAUCACCAAGUCCAGUGUAUCACAGGCGCCCAAGUCCUGGUUACGGUCGUCCCCGCAGCCCUGUCUAUGACAGGUACAAUGGCCCAACAUUUGACAGGCGCCGUAGUCCUGAUUAUGGUAGGAACAGGAGUCCAGAAUAUGGCCGAUACCGGAGCCGGUCACCUCUUAGAAGGUCAAGAACUUGAAGGAUAAUCCCCUGGUUCCUGGGAAGUAACAAAAACUGAACUUGGAUUUCGGUACUCUUAGCUUAAGGUACAUAUUUCAGAGGAGAAAGCAUUUCCGCACAGUACUUGGGUAUUUUCAGUUGUACGCUGUAUGGCAUAUGGAUUUUAGGUUUAAGGUAUCGAUAAAUUUAUGGAUUUUUAGGCUCGAGUGUAUUUGCGUAACUUUGAAGUUUCAAUGACUCGAUGUUAUGUUUAAAGUGAUUCGCAUUUAACA